GUUCUUGAACGUGUAUAAUAUAUACCGGAUUGGUCGCUUAUAGACCAGCAAGAUGCUGCCCAUCACAUUAAUAUUGCUCGUUGUUACGAGCGCAUUUGCUGCUCCAUCAGUGACCGUCACCCAGUACAACGCCAAUGACAUCCCACCAGUCCCUGACAAUGGCAAACCAAGUUCAAGCAUCGAGAAUGCAUUCAGCGUUCUGAACGACGAUGGCGACUCCAACAUCUACAUCCUGACCAUCCGACAGAUCCUCAACGACAUGGCCAACCAGGCCGAUUCUAAGAGCCAAUCGCUCGCUGUCGGUCAGGCCAUCGCCCUCCUCGGCGAGUUGGUUUACGGUAGCCCCGGUGACGCUUGUACUGCUGCCGAGCUCAUUAACGCUUACACGAGCGGCAACAAGGCAGCCACUCGCGCCGCUCUAGUCAACUUCAUCCAGAGCCUAGUCGCCAACAUCGACUCCUUUGUCCAGCUCAUCCUCAACCCCAACUCCGUCAGAUACUCUAGUGGUAGACGUGGCAAUUGCGUGGGAGGUGGCAGAAACUACAACUUUGAAGCGGCCUGGGACUCUGUGCUUUCGGAGGCUGAUCCCUUCCUGUCAAGCUUAUACAAUGAGGAGUACUGCGCUGCCAAGAGGCUGUACAACGCCUUCAACAUCCGCAGCAACAACGUAGGCGCUGCCGUCACCGCAGCCUCGUUGUCACCUGUCACUGAAGUCGUACAGAAGGCUUACGGCUCCCUCACUAACCUGUUGCGCGCAAUUGGCAACAACGGUAACGUAAUUGGAGCCGCCGCUGCCGCUAAGGUUGAACUUUUACGGAGUGUCUAAACACCUUCUCAUAUAUUACAAACAUGACAUCGUAUUACGAACAUAACGUCAUACUACCAACAUGACAAGAUGUACAGACAUAUUGCCAAACAUGUCUAACUCUCGAAAAUAUAUUAUUUAUAAUAUAGUAUAUACAUAUAUCGU